AUGCAUGUCAGCUCUCAGGAGACGGGGCACAGGCCUGAGCACCAGCGUCUGCUGGAGAUGGCAGAGGGUCGGACAGAGGAAGCUUGCCAUGGGCUCCUAACGGGCGAGCGGUUGCCGCAACAUGAGAUGACGCUGUACCGGUACUUUUGCAUGGCCACCCUGACGAUCACGCACCGUGUACCGGAAGAGACGGUGGUGGACUUCAAAGUAACUCAUUCCAAUGUUCCCUCCAGCCGGUUUCUGUUUCCCUCCAACUUUGACUCUGCUCGGUUCGAGUUGUUUGUAUCCUCGCCUACAAUAAGAGUCCCCCGUAACAGGUCACUGAGUGGAAUGACAGGUGAGCGCCGGUGUCGGGGCGACGAUCUACUUCCGAGACGGUGCGGACAGAGCUGUUAUCAGCGUAGACGAGGAGAGGGUGCCUACUUCACGGCCAUCAGGCCGCUCUACCUGACGCGGCAAGGGGAAUCAGCGGAUGACCAGGGCUGCUUCUUCCUGGGGACCACAGUACUUCCCGUGGCCAAUCCCAGAUCCGACUUGUGCCGUCUCUGGAGGCACUGUCGGAAGAUCUGCGAGGGAGCGGGCCCGAAUCCGCCGCCCGUUACGGCCGAGGCCACGGGGACGUCUUCCCGGGACAAAAGUUCUGUGUCGGGGAAAGGGUCACGUGACGACCAAUGGGACGCUUUCGUCACUGAAUUCCCCGUAACAAUAGGUGCCCUCGCGCCCUCCAAAGAAGAACUUGUCGGUGCCGGGUUUGGUGAUGAACAGACGCCCUAUUUCAAUUGGAGGCGCAUCCAGCUGGAAAAGCGUGUGCUACAUGUCUCCGCUUCCGCUGGAAGGCAGCGACCGACCGAGGCCAAAGUGGCAGCCAUUGUGGCCAAGGAGGAGUGGAAAACAAAUGUCCCCUCUCUCCCGGAUGUGCUCCAGGCGUGGGUCUCCCCUUUAAAGGCAGCCAUUGAGGACGACAAAGGUGUCCUCAAGUCAGUGGUGGAGCAAAGGUGGAAGGGGAUCGAUUUUAAGGAUUUCAGAGAACACAAGGGUAGAGGCGUCAUUGCCACCAUGCUGUUCUCCAAAGGUGAAGUGAUCUGCGACUGUCACGGAAAGCUCAUCUCUGAAUCGGAGGGGAAGAAGAUGAUGGAUGAAAUGCAGGAGGGAGUGAUGUGCUACCUCUUCUUCGUCAGGGGCAGGCUAGGCACCAAGCUGUGCAUCGAUUCCCAGAACUUCCCCUGCGAGUGCCGCCCUGGAAAGGAAACCUUUGGAAGGCGCAUGAACGACUCGGGCAAGGCGUCCAAUAGAAACAUAGCCGUCAACGAAGAGCUGCGUUGGGACUAUGGUGUGAGACGGAUGUCCUUCAGAGAUGAGGGCAUGGACCUGGCAUGGCUGGAUGACUGA